AUGACAUAUGCAGGUCAGAAGAAAGAGAUUCUUAUAGCGGGUCUCCAAACUAAGCGAUAUCUUCUUCCGUACCAGGUGUACGGUGCAAUCUGGAUGUUGGCGUGUGAGGUGACGACCUACUUGCGCGGCGGAUUUUGGCUGAUGACGUUGGCUAUGGCAAGGUUGACACUCAUGACCAUUCUGACUGUGCUGACCUUGAGAUGGAUCGAAAUUGUUAUGCAGCGAGCUUGCGCCAAUCCUUACACCGGGCUUAAUGAUACCCUCUACGGACAUGACACAGACCUCCCCAUCUGA